CAGCUGGUUAUUGGAGGUCAAAGGUCUCCUCCUCUCUGAGGUCAUCAGUCACAGGUCCACACUGUCGGACUCUCUGGUGUCAGACCACAGACGCCGUACCGGAGCGUUUGUCCUUCAGAGAAUCAGGUGUGGAGGUCAUCCGCUGUCACCUGUCUGCAGGUAGGAGACCCCGCCCACAUCAGAGCCAUGCUGAGGCUCCUCCUCUCAGGCCUGAAAACGCAGCCGAGCCGCUGCUGCUCCAGCUUCGUGUCCAGGAUGAGGUAUGUGAACAGGCUGAAGGAGGACGACGAGGCGUGCGCGGCGGCGCUGAAGGAUGGCUCCAUCUUCCUCUUCCACCGCUUGUCUCCUCUGCUGCGACGCCCCGACGCCAGAACCUUCAGCCCAGCAGCUUUCACCUGCUCAGAUGUGCAGUUGGUCCUACAGAGGCUCGGUUCAGACGGGUCGCAGCUGAAGGAGGCCGUUCUGAUUGGCUGUUCUGAGCAGAACCAGGCUCAGUUCUGUCUGGAUGUCGGAGAACUGGACCAGGCGGCGGUGGAGGAAGCCUCUCAGGGGACCUUCAUCGAUCUGAGGAAGGCCUUCUUUCUGCUGCCCGCAGCUGAGGCGCCUCUAGUGUCCAAGGGUCAGGCGCUGCUGCGUUGGCAUCAGACCAGCAGGUUCUGCGGCGCUUCGGGCCAGCCGACUCAACGAAACCGAGCAGGCAGCCAGAGGUUCUGCAGCAGCAGCUCCACCGUCUACUACCCGAAGAUGUCUGCGGUGGCGGUCGCCCUGGUGUCUGAUGGGAGUCGGUGUCUGCUGGGCCGCCAGCCAACCUUCCCACGUGGACUCUACAGCGCGCUGGCUGGCUUCUGUGACAUGGGUCAGACUCACCUGUGUGUGUGUUUGUGUGUUUGUGUGUGUGUAGAACUCACCUGUGUGUGUGUGGUUCCAGGUGAGACUCUGGAGGAGGCGCUCUGCAGGGAGGUGGCGGAGGAGGUGGGUCUGGAGAUCCAGAGCAUCUCCUACAGCUCCUCACAGCACUGGCCGUUCCCGCACAGCUCCUUCAUGCUGGGCUGCCACGCCUUGGUUAGCCCCGCCCACACUCAGCUGAGCGUGGACAACUCAGAGCUGGAAGAUGCUCGCUGGUUCACCAUGGACGAAAUCACCCGCGCCCUCCAAGUGAAAGCUCCGCCCAGGAGAGGCGACCCCCCCAUCAUCUGGCUUCCUCCGAAACACGCCCUCGCCAACCGCCUCAUCAGGGAGUGGGUGGAGCAGCAGCGGCAGAGUGAGGGCGGAGAGUGACGGAGGCGGAGCUGCAGUCGGAGUCAUCGGAUCACACCUGAAACACGGAUGUUUCAUCUCCGCUCCUGAGAUCUCACAGUUCAGAAGUCCAUUCAGAUUCUGUCUGAUUUUAGCCGCCUUCACAGAUCUAACCUGUGACCUUAUUGAAAGAAACUUUUAAUGUGAAAAACAUUCAGUCAGUCACGACAGGAAGCAGCUCGUGGACUCUGACCUGCUGAUGUUUCCUCCAAACUGGUUUUAAUUUUCAAUAAAAAUCCCAGAAUGGAAAAAA